CAGUGGCACAAUCUCGGCUCACCGCAACUUCCGCCUCCCGGGUUCACGCCAUUCUCCCGCCUCAGCCUCCCGAGUAGCUGGGACUACAGGCACGUGCCACUACGCCCAGCUAAUUUAUGUAUUUUUAGUAGAGAUGGGGUUUCACCAUGUUGGCCAGGACGGUCUCGAUCUCUUGACCUUGUGAUCUGCCCGCCUCAGCCUCCCAAAGUGCUGGGAUUACAGGCGUGAGCCACUGUGCCUGGCCCCAACUCCAACUCUUAUCCUCAUCUGUAGCUCUAACCUGUUAUCCUCAUGUGUAAAUGUGAUGUCAUCCUCACCUGUAGCUGUAAUCUCAUCUUCACCUGGCAUUCUGACCUCUUACCCUCACCUGUAGCUCUAACCGGCUAUCCUCACCGAUAGCUCUGACAUCAUAUCACCUGUAGCUGUAACCUCGUCCUCACCUGGAACUCUGACCUGGCCGACGUGCUUGCAGCAUGUGGGUGGGGCCGAUUUCCCUCCUGCCCCGGCUCCCUGCUGCUGCCAAGUCCAGGUCUCUCCUGUGGGGCAGGUAUACCCCUCCCUGGGUCUCAGCUGGGCCCACUGGCCUUCACAGGGAGCCUGCUGUCUGCCCUCCCAUUCUUAUCCUGCCCUCUCCUCCGGCGCCCUGUCUGCUCAGAUGUACUCAUGGCCUAGGCACCUGCAGCCGCCAGGACAGUGAGCCCGGACAUAAGCAGCCUUCCAUCCGGUUCCCCCUGCAUCUGCCAACCCAUCUUGCCCACAGCCAAGCUUCUGUGAAAAAUCAUAGCAGUCAUGAAACUCAUGAGUGCUCGGGCAAAUCAGAAAAAUUGCCAGGGAUCCUACCAUGGACACGCGUCCCUGAACCCCGAAUGGUCCCUGUGUGUUGUGUGUGCGCAGGAGACGGGCAGGUCACUGUGUGUCGUGUGUGCAGGAGACAGGGAGGUCCCUGGGUGUUGUGUGCCCAGGAGAUGGGGAGGUCCCUGUGUGUCGUGUGUGCAGGAGAUGGGGAGGUCCCUGUGUGUUGUGUGUGCAGGAGACGGGGAGGUCCCUGGGUGUCCUGUGUGCAGGAGACAGGGAGGUCCCUGUGUGUCGUGUGUGCAGAGGAGAUGGGGAGGUCCCUGGGUGUCUUGUGUGCGGAGGAGAUGGGGAGGUCCCUGGGUGUCGUGUGUGCAGAGGAGAUGGGGAGGUCCCUGUGUGUUGUGUGUGCAGGAGGCAGGGAGGUCCCUGGGUGUCCUGUGUGCAGGAGAUGGGAAGGUCCCUGUGUGUCGUGUGUGUGCAGGAGACGGGGAGGUCCCUGGGUGUCCUGUGUGCAGGAGAUGGGAAGGUCCCUGUGUGUCGUGUGUGCAGAGGAGAUGGGGAGGUCCCUGGGUGUCUUGUGUGCGCAGGAGAUGCUGAGGUCCCUGGGUGUCCUGUGUGCGCCGGAGAUAGGGAGGUCCCUGUGUGUCGUGUGUGCGGAGGAGAUGGGGAGGUCCCUGUGUGUCGUGUGUGCAGGAGACAGGGAGGUCCCUAGGUGUUGUGUGUGCAGGAGACGGGAAGGUCCCUGUGUGUCGUGUGUGCAGGAGACAGGGAGGUCCCUAGGUGUUGUGUGUGCAGGAGACGGGAAGGUCCCUGGGUGUCGUGUGUGCAGGAGACAGGGAGGUCCCUAGGUGUUGUGUGUGCAGGAGACGGGAAGGUCCCUGGGUGUCGUGUGUGCAGAGGAGAUGGGGAGGUCCCUGGGUGUCGUGUGUGCAGAGGAGAUGGGGAGGUCCCUGGGUGUCUUGUGUGCGCAGGAGAUGGUGAGGUCCCUGGGUGUCCUGUGUGCGCCGGAGACAGGGAGGUCCCUGUGUGUCGUGUGUGCAGGAGACGGGGAGGUCCCUGUGUGUUGUGUGUGCAGAGGAGAUGGGGAGGUCCCUGUGUGUCGUGUGUGCAGGAGACAGGGAGGUCCCUGUGUGUCGUGUGUGCAGAGGAGAUGGGGAGGUCCCUGGGUGUCUUGUGUGCGCAGGAGAUGGUGAGGUCCCUGGGUGUCCUGUGUGCGCCGGAGACAGGGAGGUCCCUGUGUGUCGUGUGUGCGCAGGAGAUGGUGAGGUCCCUGGGUAUUGUGUGUGCAGGAGACGGGGAGGUCCCUGUGUGUCGUGUGUGUGGAGGAGACGGGAAGGUCCCUGGGUGUCGUGUGUGCAGGAGACGGGGAGGUCCCUGGGUGUCGUGUGUGCAGGAGACGGGGAGGUCCCUGUGUGUCAUGUGUGUGCACAGGAGAUGGGAGGCCCUGGGUGACACAGCAAGAAUCCAUCUAAAACAAUAAAAAAAUAAAAAAUAAAAUAAGUAAUUGCCCUUAAAUUGGAAAUGCUCAACAACCCACGUGAUUCUGAAUCUGAAAAGGCCAGAUCAGGGAGAUACAGAGAAGAAUAAAUAAAACACAAGGCAAGAGAAGAUUUAUCUCUGGAGCAUCCUUGUGCAGCUGUUGGUGAGUGACUCGUGUGUGUCAAUUGAUAACACACUCAUGAGUGGAUAAAAGUACCCAUGUUUUAGGUCAAGAAAGACUGCGACACACGUGUCCAGCACGCCAAGCACACAGCCCGUGGGGUGUCAUCUGUGUGCUGUGCCCUCCCUGUCUCCCUCUCCCAAGCUCCUGCAUGGAAACAGAGGUGGACACGAAACCUACCUACCCACCCCCUCCCAGGUUACCGCCAUCACUUUCAUCACAAAACAGAGUCCGGAUUCAGGGAUUCAGCCCAGGGCAGGAGCUCAGGUCAUCUUCCUCUUUCAGAAGGGAGAUUUCUGCUGCCUCUGGCCCAGCCUUUCCCUCUCUUUCCCCCCAUGAGCUGCCAUUGGAGCACCCACCUGGGUCCAGGUGAGAGAGAGGAGGAAGGAGACCAGGUGACCCCUUCCUGGCUGGUUGCCCCAUGUCCCGGUAACAGAGGGUUAGAGCUGAUUCUCAUGGCAGAAGCGUGACUGCCAGAGACCACCUGCGGCGCUUCUAAUGCUCUGGUCCGUGUAUUCGUCUUGUAGGGUUGCCGAGUGUUACAGAGACCCACAGACCAGGUGGUUUAAACAAAAGAUAUUUAUUCUCUCACAGCUGUAGAGGCUACAUGUCUGAGGUCACCGUGUUGGUAGGCUUGCUUUCUCCUUGGCUUGUAGACGCCGUCUUCUCCCUGUGUCCUCACAGAGUCCUUCCUCUGCGUGUGUCUGUGUCCUCAUCUCUUCUUAUGAAAUGUCUUAGUCUAUUUCAGGCUGCUGUCACAGAAUACCAUAGGCUGGAUGACUUACAAACAAAAGACAUUUAUUCUCCCACAGUCCUAGAGGCUGGAUGUCUGAGAUCAGGGUAUGGGCAAGGCUGAUUCCUCCUGAGGUCUCUCUCCUCGACUUGGAGAUGCUGUCUUCUCCCUGUGUCCUCACAGAGUCCUUCCUCUGUCUAUGUCUGUGUCCUCAUCUCCUCUUCUUAUGAGAUAUCUUAGUCCAUUUCAGGCUGCUAUCACAGAAUACCAUAGGCUGGGUGGCUUAGAAACAAUAGACGUUGAUUCUCCCACAGUACUGGAGGCUGGACAUCUGAGAUCAGGGUAUGGGCAGGGCUGGUUCCUCCUGAGGUCUCUCUCCUGGACUUGGAGUCACCGUCUUCUCCCUGUGUCCUCACAGGGUUGUCCCUCUGUGUGUGUCUGUGUCCUCAUCUCCUCUUCUUAUAAGGAGCCAGUCCCAUUGGAUCAGCCUCCCCCCAGCCCCCUGAAACCUCAUUUUACCUUAAUUGCCUCUUUAAAGACCCCAUAUCCAAAUAUAAUCACAUUCUGAAGUCCUAGGGCUGAGGAUCUCAAUGUAUGAAUUUGGGGGGGGACAAAAUUCAGCCCAUGACAACCAGUGCUUCUUUCCAAGGGGCUACCUGAAAACUUUUCUGCAACCCCCAGAAAGCUGGCAUCAUCUCAGCAUCUUGCCGUGGGGUUCCCUCCAUGCAUCCCAAUGGCUCCUUUGAGUAAGACCAAGGACAAACCCAUACCACUCCCUUCUCUUUUCUCUGAUCAGUCCCCACAGGACCACAGCUACCCUGUAGCUAUGAGCAGUGGCUUCCUCAGGAGUGAGCCAGGCUCCUGUACUCCAUGCCUCCCUGGCACAGAACAAGAUUUAGGUUCCGGGGGUACCUGAGGGAAUCCCCUUUUUUUUUUGCAGGGGAGGGUGGAGGCUCAGAGUAGGGAAUUUUUUUUUUCCGCCUGAUGUGUGGAAAUUCACCCCUGUUAUCUGACCCAUGCACACUCUGGAGCUGGCUGAGGUCCUAACUAUUUCCUCUGUAAACUUCUGCCCUUGGAAUGGGUUCUGCGAUGAUUAAUACUUAGAGUAAACUUGAUUGGAUUGAAGGAUGCAAAGUAUUGAUCCUGGGUGUGUCUGUGAGGGUGUUGCCAAAGGACAUUAACAUUUGAGUCCGUGGGCUGGGAAAGGCAGACCCACCCUUAAUCAUCUGGGUGGCCACCAUGUCAUCAGCAGGCCAGCGAGGCUAGACUAUAAGCAGGCAGAAAAACGUGAAAAGACUAGACUGGUCUAGCCUCCCAGCCUGCAUCUUUCUCUGUGCUGGAUACUUCCUGCCCUGGAAAACUGGACUCCAAGUUCUUCAGCUUUGGGACUUGGGCUGGCUUCCUUGCCCCUCAGCCUGCAGACAGCCUAUUGUGGGGCCUUGUGAUCGUGUGAGUUAAUACCGAAUAAAUGCCCCUUUCUAUAUAUCUAUCCUGUUAGUUCUGUCCCUCUAGAGAACCCUGACCAAUACAGGGUCCGUUCCUUACCCCCUACAUCUAUAACCCUGCUGCCUCAGUUGAUAGGGAAGCAGAAAGAGCCCCUUUUUUAAUGUUUAAUUUUAUUAGGUUUGCAGUUUCCCAGUGCCCAAACUCAUGUUGAUUUCAAAAACUGUCCUUUUAAAGCAUGUGGGCAGUGUGACAAUUCAUAGCAGGUGACAAAAAUGUUUUAUAAAUAAUAUCCAUGGAAAUGGAAGCUGUCACUGUCUGCAGAAUGCAGCCAAAAUAUUCAGAAGAUUUGUAUCACUCUAAGUUCUCGUGCUAGUAAGAAAUAAAAAAGCAAAUGAUGACUGGGCCUCUAAGAAAUAAAGUAAAAUUAGGAAGCAGGAGUAUGAAAAUAAUGACAUUAUGCAGAAAUAAAUACAAAAGGAAAGUAGCGGAGAAGCAAAAAAAAAAAAACCAUCAAUAAUAGUUUCCUUAAGAAAAAUGAAAGAAUAAUAUCCCACCAUUUAUUCAUCCUUCAUUCCACACACAAAAGAAGCAAGGACAGAUUAGCAUGAAUUGGAACAAGAAAGAGGAAACAACAUGUAAUAAAAAUAUGAUUUAAACUUAUGCAAAAAAAGUGAUUUAUAACUAACAUAUUUGAUUACCUCCUCCUGGGCAAAGGCUGUCUUAUUGCAAAAAAUUAGAAUUUGGCUAAAUUCAUGCAAAUGGAAUUACAGAUCACAGAUGAAACAACAUGCUGAAAUUUCAACCGUCAGAACUUUCCACCAAGUGUUCCUAAUGAAUUCUUGAAUAUCUGGUUGGGUGCAGUGGCUCACGCCUGUAAU